UCUUUUUUGGUAAUAUAAUUUGGUAAAGAAACUGACUAGAAAGCUCAUCAUAAUACAAAAGAGGAGCUUCUUAGCUUCCUCCUCCUCCUCCUCCUCCACGAUCCUUCCUUCUUGCCUAAUUCCUCGGUUUCGUAUCAAAACUCACAUCACGCCCUUUUGAUCUCUUUCGUUAUCGAAUUCUCGGAAAGUUUCGACCUUUUUCUUUAAGAAAGUUUCCGAGAUCUCGGCGCCAUGGUUUUGUACUCGAGCUGUAGAAUUAUGCUUCUGGGUCUGAUUAUUAUGGUGAUUUCGAGCUGGGUUUUGGAUAAAGCUCAAGGCUUUGGGGAAUUCGGGUUUGAAUUUCACCACCGUUUCUCGGAUCGGGUCGUUGGGGUUUUUCCCGGAGAUGGGUUGCCUAGUCGAGACUCUCCUCAGUAUUACAGAGUGAUGGCUCAUCGAGACAGAGUGAUCAGAGGGCGUAGGCUGGCGACUGAAGAUCAAUCCCUCGUCAGUUUCGCUGACGGCAAUGAAACUGCUCGUGUCGACGCCCUAGGAUUUUUGCAUUACGCGAAUGUGACGGUCGGGACGCCCUCUGAUUGGUUUCUGGUUGCUUUAGACACUGGAAGUGACUUGUUUUGGUUGCCCUGUGAUUGUACCAAUUGUGUUCGUGAACUCAAAGCACCUGGUGGCUCGAGCUUGGAGCUCAAUAUUUAUAGCCCUAAUGCAUCGUCAACAAGUGCUAAAGUUCCAUGUAAUAGCUCUUUAUGUACAAGAGGUGAUCGAUGCGCUUCCCCAAAUAGUAAUUGCCCAUACCAGAUUCGGUAUCUUUCAAACGGUACCUCUUCUACUGGAGUAUUGGUUGAAGAUGUGCUUCACUUGGUUUCAAAUGAGAAAAACGCCAAAGCUAUUCCCGCUCGCGUUACCUUUGGAUGUGGUCAAGUUCAGACCGGUGUAUUCCAUGAUGGUGCAGCUCCAAAUGGUCUUUUCGGGCUUGGCUUAGAAGACAUAUCGGUUCCUAGCGUAUUAGCAAAGGAAGGAAUCGCAGCAAACUCGUUCUCCAUGUGUUUCGGGAACGAUGGAGCUGGUAGGAUCAGUUUUGGAGAUAAAGGUAGCGUGGACCAACGAGAAACACCAUUGAACAUAAGACAACCACAUCCUACUUACAACAUCACCGUCACUCAAAUAAGCGUUGGAGGAAACACGGGAGAUCUUGAGUUUGAUGCUGUUUUCGACUCUGGAACCUCCUUCACUUAUCUGACUACUGAAGCUUACACCCUGAUUACAGAAAGUUUUAAUUCUCUAGCUCUGGACAAACGUUAUCAGACUGAUUCUGAGUUGCCUUUCGAGUACUGUUAUGCAUUAAGCCCAAACAAAGAUAGCUUCCAGUAUCCAGCUGUGAAUCUGACAAUGAAAGGCGGCGGCUCAUAUCCUGUUUAUCACCCCUUAGUAGUUCUUCCCAUGAAGGACACAGAUGUCUACUGUUUAGGCGUCAUGAAGAUCGAAGACAUUAGCAUCAUUGGACAGAAUUUCAUGACUGGAUACCGUGUCGUCUUUGAUCGUGAGAAACUGGUUCUUGGAUGGAAAGAAUCUGAUUGUUACACAGGUGAGACCUCGGCUAGGGUGCUUCCAUCAAACCGUUCUUCUUCAUCGGCGAGACCGCCAGCUUCUUCGUUUGAGCCAGAGGCUACUAACAUACCAUCUCAAAGACCAAGCACCUCGUCUUCCUCUUGCAAUUCUCUCUCGCUCUCGCUUUCAUUCUUCUACUUAUUCUCAGUUUUGGCCUUGCUUUGAUUAUACAACAUAUACACAUAUAUAUAUAUACACUUAGCCAUCUGGUGGUAUACACGAAUUUAUAGUGUUUAGAAGAUUAUUGGGUUUAUAUCACCAAAAAAUUCUGCACUACAGUUGUAUCUUUUAAAUUAUGUGUUGUAUAUGAUCAUUGAUUUUAUUUACCAGUUCGUCUUUGUGAUGUAUGUAUAUAAGAUAUACAGUGAAACCUCUAUAAAUUAAUAAUGUUGGGACUA